AUGAGUGGCGCCUACUUUCAAGACGCCCGGUUUUCGGGGGGGUAUGAGAAGCAGUCGGAGCGGUCGAGAUGGACACCUCUCACGAGGAUGUUGCUGUCGGGGCAGAUGACCCAGGAGAGGCAGAAGGAGCUCUCAUCGCGGGAGAGGUUCGACAGGUGGAUGGUGAACGAGGGUUACCGAAGAGUGUUCGUGUUUGUGUUUGCGGUACUGCACGCUGCCAUCUUUGCUUUUGGCUUCGUCAACUACUCGGUCAAGGAUAACCUGCAGAUUGCCCGAGACACAUUUGGCCCGACAUACAUGAUUGCUCGGUCCGCAGCGCUGGUGCUGCAUUUCGACGUGGCCAUGAUCCUGUUCCCCGUCUGCAGGACCUUUAUCUCUCUGGCUCGUCAGACCCCGCUGAACGGCAUCAUCCAGUUCGACAAGAACAUCACCUUCCACAUCACUGUGGCCUGGUCCAUCUUCUUCUUCAGCUGGGUGCACACCAUUGCCCACUGGAACAACCUCGCGCAGAUCUCGGCCAAGAACAACCUGGGCAUUUACGGUUUCCUCGCCGCCAACUUGGCUUCCGGCCCUGGCUGGUCGGGAUACUUUAUGCUGAUCGCCCUGACCGCCAUGGUGGUCACCUCAGUCGAGAAGCCCCGGCGCGCCAACUAUGAGCGCUUCUGGUACACGCAUCACUUCUUCAUCGUCUUCUUCAUGUUCUGGGCGGUCCACGGCGCCUUCUGCAUGAUCCAGCCCGACGUCGCCCCCUUCUGUAUCUCGGUCGGAACGCAGGCCGUCGGUGUCUUUUGGCAGUACUGGAUGUACGGAGGCUUCAUCUACCUCUGUGAGCGUAUCGCUCGUGAGAUGCGAGGCCGCCACAAGACGUACGUCUCCAAGGUCAUCCAGCACCCCAGCAACGUCUGCGAGAUCCAGAUCAAGAAGGAGCACACCAAGACGCGCGCCGGCCAGUACAUCUUCUUCAACUGCCCCGAGGUGUCCAUCUGGCAGUACCACCCCUUCACCCUGACCAGCGCCCCCGAGGAGGACUACAUCUCCAUCCACGUGCGUGUGGUCGGCGACUUCACCCGCGCCCUCUCCAAGGCCCUGGGCUGCGAGUGGGACAAGAAGGACAAGGGCUCCAACGUGGUGGGCGUCAACAGCAACAAUAACGACGUCGACCCUGCGCUGCGCCGUGUGCUGCCCCGCGUCUACGUGGACGGGCCCUUUGGCUCCGCCUCGGAGGACGUGUUCAAGUACGAGGUCUCGGUGCUGGUCGGCGCCGGUAUCGGUGUCACCCCGUUCGCCUCCAUCCUCAAGUCCAUCUGGUACCGCAUGAACUACCCGCAGAGCAAGACCCGCCUGGCCAAGGUCUACUUCUUCUGGAUCUGCCGUGACUUUGGCUCCUUUGAGUGGUUCCGCUCCCUGCUGCUCGCCAUCGAGGCCCAGGACGUCGACCAGCGCAUCGAGAUCCACACCUACCUGACCGCCAAGAUAAAAGCAGACGACGCCACCAACAUCAUGAUCAACGACGCCAACGCCGACAAGGACGCCAUCACCGGCCUGCGCGCCCCGACCAACUUUGGCCGCCCCAACUGGGACAUGAUCUUCCGCGGCAUCCGCAAGCUGCACGCCCCCGCCGAGGCUGGUGUGUUCUUCUGCGGGCCCAAGGGCCUCGGAAGCAGCCUGCACAUUUACUGCAACAAGUACAGCGAACCUGGAUUUGCAUUUGUCUGGGGCAAAGAGAACUUCUAG